AUGUCGUCCGUCAGUGACAGCAAAGUCACUUUCAGAGCAAAGGCGCUUCAGCAAAGCGUUCCGGAGUCAGCCGUUGAAGCCUGGGAGAAGUCAGGCAUAGCCACGUAUAGUCAGCUCCUUUUCAGGGUCGCUUCAGCCCCAAAUCAGACAGAUCCAGUCAAACUACAGGCGCUUCUAGACAACAUGAGUCCUAAGGCCGAUGCAGUCGUCACAGCCGCAGUUAACAGGCUACUAUUCGAGGCAGGAACCUUUAUAGUAGCAGAACUCAGACAGACACUCGAGGCACCAGCAGGCGAACCCAGCCGACGCCUGUCCACUCAGGAGCGCAGCAGCCGCCUCACAGCCUUGCAGGCAAAGCUCGGAGCCUUUCGCAUAGCAGGUCAAUUCGAGCCUAGUUUUCAGCUAGUCGAUCUUUGCAGUGCAAUGGUCGUAGACCAAGCAAUCCGCCACAUACCGCUCAAUCGCUGUUCUAGUCGAGAGCAGGAAGUGUCGAACGUUAAGAAGGAUGAACAUCUGUUCAGACUUGACAACGCAGCCUUGAGGCUUGCAGUCAAGCCUCAGACGCUCAAGGUAGACUUGUCUACCGAGCUCAGAGUGUCGCAGGCACUCAGCAGACGUGGCUUAGCCCUUGAGAUGGCGGGUGUUUGUACUUUUCAAGUACAUGAGGAGUACGCCGCCGCCGCCCAAGUUCGACCCGCCUGGGAUCGAUUCACUCUUGCGCGCAGACAGGGAGAUGUGGAUCCGAGUCUAGAGCAGGUCAAGAGUGACUUCACAGGGCCAGGCAAAGCCAAUGUAGUUGACACGGCAAUUCAGCAGUGGCAGCAUAGUAUGCAGGUAGCCUACUUUUUGGUCCCUGUGCCUAAGCCUGAGAAGCCCACCCAGCCACUCAAGCGUCCCUGGGAAACUGCCUUUGCCACCGAGAAGGGCAACAAGAGCAAAGGCAAAGGAAAGUUCAUGCAACAGGCAUGGCAGGCUGGGAAAGCAGGCAGGGGUAAGACUGGCAAAGGCAAGGACAAGACUCAGACGUCCAUGCCAGCCGCGCUCAAAGGCCUAGACCCCAACUUCAAAGGCCAGCCUAUUUGUUUCAACCACAGCCUUCCUCACGGCUGUACAGAAGACACUUGGCAAACGGACUUAGGCCUCACUUGCAGAAGGGGGCUUCACAUCUGCAUGAAGUGUCACGGUGAACACUCGUACUUCAGCAGACCUCCUGACGCCAGCACUCACCAGACAGCUGGAAGAGACCAACAGCCCUUUUCAGAGCCCACGCUCUCAGACAGGCUGUCGCAGCGUGAACCCUCUCUGUCGGCCGACGCAGGUGUCCCACAGUUGGAGGACUGCUGGGAAACUCAGCCUGGCACCAGUUCUCCUGCAGCCGAGGCCCCAGCAGAGGCCUCAGCGGCGCCGCCGCUGCCCUCCCUCCCUGACCCUAGUCACCGUGUUUCCGUAGGAAACCUUUUUCUGGAAGUCUUCGCAGGCACAGGCAGAAUGUCUAAGGCAUUCGCAAGAAUUGGUCUGCAAGUUUUGGCCGUAGAUUCGGUAAGGCCACAAGCAGUCCCAGGCCUGUGCCUGGACCUCUCAAAGCCUCAGAGCCAAAAGGUCAUCUUGGACCUCGUACAGUCACGGCGAUUAGUGGCAGUACACCUGGCCCCCCCUUGCGGCACCAGCAGUGCAGCCAGGAGUAUUAAGGCAGGACCUCAGUCUCCUCAGCCAUUGCGUAGCCCAGCGCACCCAGACGGCCUACCGCGCCUAGGUUUCUUGAACAGACAAAGAGUGGCGGCAGCUAACAAGCUUUACGCAUUUACUGCGGCAGUCAUUCAGGCUUGCGCUGAAACGGGUACCGACUGGUCUCUUGAGAACCCUCAGUCGAGCCUCUUCUGGCUGUGUAGCCCCAUGCAGGCCUUGUGGCGGUCGCUUAAGGGCAAAAUCUUUUUCGCAACCUUUGACAGCUGUGUUUACGGCGGUGCCAGGCGUAAGGCCACCACGUGCCACCAGGGGCUGGGACACCAGCACCUUCCCUGGGGUAAGGAUGGAACAGCCUGGGCUACUGCGGCCGAGGCGGCGUACCCACCAGCACUCUGCAGACACUGGGCCUGUUUGCUAGCAGAGCACCUUGCAGCCUCUGGACGUCUCACAGAUGCAGGAAAUCAGUACGGCGCUCAACGUUUUGCAGCGGCUGAAAGAGCAGCCUUGGGUCUUUUUCCCAAGGCUACCCACUCACCAAUCUGUGUAGAGCCCUUUCAAGGACAUCAGUGGGUGAAGUUGUCUUCAGACGAAGACCGCACCAAGUUCGUGCCAGGCGUCCGGCUUCAGGACAGCGCCUUUCCAAAAGGCUCCACCACCGUAAAAGUGGUAGUGGAACACGGAACUUGGUGGGCUCUUGUGGGUCAGCCUGUUGAGCCGGUCGAGUUCUUGGAAAAGGCAGUCAAGAGCAGACACCCCGCGUGCUCUCUGCCACCGUUGCCGGCAGCUCUGGAAAAGACAGUUGACAGGCUCAGCGCUGCAAAACUAGCAGACGUCCACAGACUCAGGUGCCAACGGCUCAAGUCCAUGUGCGACAUGGCAAAUGAGCUUCAGCACCAGGAGGACGCAGACCACAGAUCUUUGGAGCCGCACCUUCGUGACAUCCUCAAGGGCAAGCGCCUCAGGCUCUUUGAGACUCUGCUUAAAGGGAUGGAUUUCCCAGACAAGCACUUAGUCGGCGAUAUGCGGUCGGGCUUUCGCAUCACAGGAUGGCUUCCUGACACUCAGACCAGACCUAGCAAGGUAGUCCCCCCGGCACUGCACCGGGACGAAGUCUGGGAACAGAGAGAGAAGCACAACCGUGUGAUGUGGAGCCAGUGCAAGCCCAGCUCCGACCCUAGUCUCGAUGCAGCCCUUUGGAAGCAGAGUCUCGAAGAAUGUGCAAAGGGAUGGGCCACCCUAGAGACGGGUCACGUCGAAGUGCCAACCAAUUGCGUACUUGGGCGCCGUUUCCCAAUAGUCCAAGGAGACAAGACUAGGCCCAUUGACGACCUUUCAGCCAGCUUAGUCAACAGCACGUUGGGAGUAGAUGAGAAAAUCGUUGUGCAGCCCUCAGCCUCCACCAUCAGCCUAGCGCUGCACAUCCAAAGUAGGUGUUUGUCAGCCAGGAGAAAGCCUUCGCAGCCGGCAGGCAUGAAAGGCAGAACUUUCGACUUAAAGUCUGCCUUCAAGCAGCUAGGCAUAGCCUCGCAGGACCUACCUUUUGCCAAGGUCACAGUGUGGAAUCCAGACAGGCAGUCCCCUGCUGUCUUGGCUUUGAAAGCCCUUCCAUUCGGUGCGACUGGCAGCGUACAUGGUUUCAGUCGCUGUAGUCUAGCCCUUUGGCAAAUUGCCGUCAGCCUUUUAUUACUGCCAUUGACAAUGUUUUUCGAUGACUACACAGCUGUCACAGUCUCGGAAGACAGCCAGAGCGUCGAGACAAGCUUCUUGCUUCUGUUAAAGCUCCUGGGCUGGAAGGCAGCCCUGCAUGGCAGCAAAGCACAGUCGUUCUCAGAAUGUUUUGUCAGCCUCGGCAUAGCCUACAUUCUGCCCAGAACUCCUGCAGGCUUCGUCCGAGUGAGCAACACGGACGCCAGGAAGCAGGAAGUCAGCGACACGUGCUUCCGACAAUUCUGGAACACGGCACCAAGCCAGGGAGGUCCAGAGCUUCAGCUCUCGCCUCAGCUGCGUGACGCCUUAGUCUGGGUGCAGGAGCACGUUCCCACAGCAAAGCCCAGAGCGUUCAAAACACCAGCCUCGAAAGCCUACAACGUCUUCACAGACGGCUCAUUUGAGGCAGGAGUAGGAAGAGUAGGAGGAGUCCUCUGCAGCCCUACGGGCACAGUCACAGAGUGGCUUCAGGCAAUAGUGCCCUCAGACAUGGUUCAGUCCUGGCUUCAGGAGGGCACCAGCCAUCCCAUCAUGCAAUGUGAACUACUGGCAGUUUCCGUAGCCGCCGCUCUCUGGGGAGCAGCCAUGACAGAUUGGCCAGUCACCUGGUGGAUCGAUAAUAACCCAGCCUUGCAUAGCCUUAUAGCAGCCAAAGGCUAUCCAGACUCGAACUACAGGCUGGUACAGACAGUCCUGCACUGUGAACAGGAGUUCCUCCUGCAAUCCUGGUUCUCGCGCGUUCCAAGCGCAAGCAACCCGGCAGACGCGCCCAGUCGCGGGGAGAAGGCAGAGUUUUUACAGCACGCUACAGAAAGAGAAAUCAAGGUGGGGUGGAUGAGGUGCCUCGCAAGAGGUGCUGUGCCACUUAGCCUACUGCAGCCGACUAAUUGA